GUCAACGGCGGCGCUUCCGGCUGGCCGGGCCCGGCGGCCGCGGGGCAGCAGCAGCGCCGGCGGGGGGGGAGGGGGGGGUCGGAUGGGGGGGGCCCGACGGCGGGGCCGGGGGCUGUCGGUGCUGGGGGUCCCGCCAUGGAGGAGGGGGGGGGGCUGGGAGAGCCCCCCGGGAGCUGCAGCGGGACGCCGGCCCCCCGGCCGCCUCCCCCGCCCCGUCCCCGCGCUGGCGCCGCCGCCGCUGCCCCCCCCGGACGCCGCCUCCCCCCCCCCGCCGCCUUCCGCCGCCCCGGCCUCCCCCCCGCCGCGUCCCUUCGCCUGCGGCGAGUGCGGGAAGCGCUUCGGCCUCAGCUCCCACCUCAUCCGGCACCAGCGCAGCCACACGGGCGAGCGCCCCUUUCCCUGCGGCGCCUGCGGCAAAGCCUUCGCCCAACGCUCCGACCUGGCCCGCCACCACCGCACCCACACCGGCGAGCGCCUCUACGCCUGCGGCGACUGCGGCAAGCGCUUCGCCGAGAGCUCCCACCUCCUGCGCCACCGCGUCACCCACUCGGGCGAGCGGCCCUUCCAGUGCCGCCUCUGCGGCAAGAGCUACGGCGACAGCUCCUACCUGGCCGUCCACCAACGGGCUCACACCGGCGCCCGGCCCUACCGCUGCCCCCGCUGCGGCAAAGCCUUCGCCCGCAGCUCCACCUUGGCCCGCCAUCAGCGAGUCCACGGCUCGGCCGGGAAGCCCCCCGCCUUGGAGGACGAGUGGGAGGGGCUACGAGGCGGCCGCGCCCCCCUAGAGGGGCUCCGCCCCUUGUGGCAGAGGGGGUGGAGGGAAAGGACCCCCCCAAACGCCUCGGGUCCCGACGGCCAGGACGGGAAGGAAGAGCGCGGGAACGAGCCACGCCCGCUAGAGGGCAAGUGGGAGGGGCUACGAGGUGGCCACGCCCCCAGAGAGGGGCUCCGCCCCCUGUGGGGGGGGUCCUGGAGGGCAGGGACCCCCCCGAAUGGGUCCGGCCCCGACGGCCAAGACGUGAAUGAAGACCGUGGGAACGAGCCACGCCCGCUAGAGGACAAGUGGGAGGGGCUACGGGAAGGCCACGCCCCCACCGAGAAGCUCCACCCCCUGUGGGAGGGGGCGUGGAGGGGGGGAUCACCCCCAAAGGGCUCAAGCCCUAACGGCCGGGACGUGAAUGAAGAGCGCGGGAACGAGCCACGCCCUCCAGAGGACAAGUGGGAGGGGCUACGAGGUGGCCACGCCCCCAUAGAGGGGCUCCGCCCCCUGUGGGGGGGGUCCUGGAGGGCAGGGACCCCCCCGAAUGGGUCCGGCCCCGACGGCCAGGACGUGAAUGAAGACCGUGGGAACGAGCCACGCCCACCAGGGGGCGCGUGGGCGGGGCUACAGCGCGGCCACGCCCCCACGGACAGGCCCCGCCCCCCGCGGGAGGAGCCGCGGCGCGGCCCCGCCCCCUCUGAGGACAAGCCCCGCCCCCUGAGCGCCGAUUGGCCGGCCCCCGGCGGCGGCUCCGCCCCCCGGGGGCUGCGGGUGGGGGGGGAGUGGGCGGGGCUCCUGGCCACGCCCCCCCGCCCGCCGGCGGCCAAUCAGCUGCGGGUGGUGGGGUGGCAGUGGGGGGUGGGGUGA